AUGGGCCCCGACACGGCAUCGCCGCGCGUGCCGCUCGGCGAGGUGUCGCUGAAUCGAUCCAAUUCCCAUCCUGAACUGACGCAGGUGGGGGGGAAACCUAUACGCGAGUGGAAGCGGCACAAGACAUGCGCCACAGCGGGCGUACUGCCGGUCCACAUCGAGACGAGCAGCGAGGACCUCGCUGUGUGCGAGCAAGAGUUUGAUCUCGACGGCGACACAGAGUUCUUUGAGUCGCUCGACGAGUCGGCAUGGCUCAUGCUUGAUGCGGAGAGCGCGCCGCCCCCGCCGCCGGCCGCGGCGCCGGUCGGAUUCCAAAAGGCGAACGGAAAGCGCCUGGCGCGCCCGAGCGCCGCAGCGCUGCAGCAGGCCGCCAAGCGCCUGCGCCUCGACGAGGAAAGCCUGGAUGCGCACACGGACACACUGCGUGCGCCGGCGCCGAUCAAGGCCGAGCCGGACGCUGGGUUCAGUGCCCUGUCGCAGGCCGAGAGCGACGCGCCUAUGUCGAGCAUGCCGAGCCAGCCGCAUGCGCCGAGCCAGCCACUCGCGCCGAGCCAGCCGCUCGCGCCGAGCCCAUCCAAAACGCCGCAGCGCGCUGCAAGCCACAAAACACAGACGCCGAGCCGCGCUCCGCCCCAGACGCCCACGGUCAAGACGAGCACGCCUGCCGAACCCCAGUACGGUGCGUUUGUCGCACGUCCUAGCGUGCGUGCGACGCCGCCCCAGACGCCGCCGGUGCGUGCGCGGCCCGGCAGUGCGCUCGGCACGGUCCGCUCGCGCGGUACGCCGCUCGGUGCGACGCCGCUCGGCCGCGCCUCGAUCUCGGUCGGGAUCACGCCGCGCGCGUACCGCACCGGCCUCGGUGCGUCUGCGCGGUCGUCGUUUACGCCUCCCUUUAAACGCACGCCGGCCGCCGCCGCGCCGCUGACCGAGCAGCGUCGUGCGCCCGAGCCCGUUUUUGACCUUGCCCCCCGCGACCGCCUUUCGUAUACCCAAUCUGGCCUUGUGCCUCGUCCGCGGUCGUGGGACACGGCGGUAGCCGAAGGCGUGCCCGCCGAGGCGUGCCGCAUCCUUGCGGACCCACCCUGUGCGGCGCACUAUGCCUUUGGCGGGACGCACGGCGCCGAGGAGGCCGUAAAGACGCUGCAUGCGCUCGGCGCCGAGCGUGCGUCGCAGAAAUGGGUCGCGCACCACUGGGCGCUGAUCCUCUGGAAGCUCGCGGCGUACGCCGCGUCUCAGCCGACAAACCACUGGUGGACGUGGCAGCGCGUCGUCGACCAGCUCCUGUACCGCUACGAGCGCGAGGUGCGCCGCGGCCAGCACAGCGCCGUCAAGCAGAUCCAGGAGCGUACCGCGCCCGCGGACCGCCCCAUGGUCCUCUGCGUGUACCACAUCCAGCGCAUGGCCGACGACGACGGCACCGCGACGCUCCUCCAUCUGACCGACGGCUGGUACAAAAUCCGCGCCGAGCUCGAUGCGCCGCUGCAGCGUGCGGUCGACGCCGGCAAGAUCCGCCUGGGCCACAAGCUCGGCAUCGGUGCCGCGAAGCUGCAUGCGUUUGGCGACGGGACGCCCGCGCUCGACGCGCUGCACACGUCCGACCUUGCGCUCGCCUCGAAUUCUACCGUGCUUGCCCGAUGGGAUGCGCGCCUCGGGUUUCAGCGGACGUCGUUUGCGUCGAGUCUCGGGCGCCUCUCGAGCGACGGCGGGAUGGUCGCGCUGAUGGACAUUGUGCUCGAUCGCGUGUACCCUACGGGCUACCAGGAAGGGCAGCUCGACGCGCGGGGCAUCCCUACGUACGCCGGCCCCCAGCACGGCGAGGAGGAAGAGGCGGAGCGGCGUGCGGCGUGGGCGGCGCAGCGCUCUGCUGCCGAGAGCCGCCUGCGCACCGGCGCCGCGCGCGUCCAAAAAGUCCUUGCAUGGCUCGAGGCGCGCGUGCAGCCCUGUGAGCCGACCGAGCCGAGCGCCACGGCCGAUGCGAAUGCGCUCCUCGGCCUGGUCGAGCGGUCCGAGGCGCCGGUCGAGGCGCUCGUCGCCGCGACGCAGCGCGACACGCAGACGCGGCUACGUGCGCUGCUGUGGAGCGCUCGCCUGCGCUCCAUGGCGCUCGCUGCGCCGGAUACCGACGCGUACCGCGCGGCGCUCGACGCCGAGUGUCACCCUCGCACGGUCCGUGCGUUUUGCAUCGUGCGCUUCCACGACGCGCUCCCCCCCACGCGCCCCUCGCGGCGCACCGUCCAGCUUACUGUGUGGGACCCGCCCCCGCUGGCCGUCGGCCUGCGCUACACCGUCACGCACCUGGUCCCCACGCAGGCCAAGAGCUGGCGCCCCCGCACGGUGGAGGCGGACGUGAUGCUCGCCACGACCCGGACCACGUGGUGGAGCCCCGACCCUACCGUAUCGCUUCCUGCCGCACCUCGUCGUGCGGUGCUCCAGUCGAUCUCUGCGCAAGAAUCGGUGCCGGUGCAGCGCCAAACAUCCGGCGGAGCCGACCCCUACAAAGUGUCGGAGAACAUGAUACAUGCCGAGGCGCAGGCCCAGGUGCGUGGCGCUCGCCGGCAGUUUGCCCCCCUUACGGGGAUGGGCAACAUUGUGCCUGCCGCGCAGCAGCCUGCCUCGCCGAAGCGUGCCGACCUGCCCGCGCCGGUGACCAAGGAUACGGUCACGCACAAUGCGAGUAAGAAGCCGCAGCUCCCUACCCCGCCCCGGACCAUUGUGGACCCCAACGGAAACGAGUACGAGCGCCAUGCCAUGCUGGGCCAGGGCGGCUUUGCUCGCGUGUUCCACGUCACGGACAAGUACGGCCAGGACAAGGCGUUCAAGGUGAUUGCCAAGAGUGCUAUUAUGCAGUCCAAGAAGAAUCGCCAAAAGAUCCUGGCAGAAAUCAUGAUUCACAAGUCGCUGAAGCAUGUGCACAUUGUCGGCUUCGAGGACGUGUUUGAGGACUCGGAGAAUGUCUACUUUGUCCUCGAGCUCUGCCACAACGGCAACAUGAACGACAUUGUGAAGCGCCGCGGCCGCUACCAGGAGUCCGAGGCGCGCUACUUUAUGAUUCAGAUUCUUGCUGGGAUCCAGAACAUGCACAACAACUCCAUCAUUCACCGCGACCUGAAGCUCGGCAACGUGUUCCUCGACAAGAACAUGCAGAUUAAAAUCGGCGACUUUGGUCUCGCGGCGCUCCUCAAAUACCCCGAAGAGCGCAAGAAGACGGUGUGCGGCACGCCGAACUAUAUUGCACCCGAGAUCCUCUACGACCAGGGCGACGGCCACUCGUUCGAGGUCGACGUCUGGUCUGUCGGCGUCAUUCUCUACACACUGCUCGUCGGCCGCCCGCCGUUCCAGACGAGCAACGUGCAAAAAAUUUACGACCGCAUCCGCCGUAACGACUACAUGAUCCCCCCGGAGGCGAACGUCUCGCACGAAGCGCAGCAGCUCAUCCGCCAGAUUCUCUCGCAGCGCCCUUCCGAACGCCCGUCGCUCACGGAAAUCAUGGACCACCCCUGGUUCAGGGCGGGGACCGUCCCGCUGCACGUCCCGUCGGACGCGGUGCACCAGCAGCCGUACAUCCCUACGCUCACAGAGGGCGAGAGCUUGCGCAACUUUGAGCAGCUCAAGGCCGCCGCCGACUGGCAGUCCGACGCCGAGCUCGAGGAGGCCGCGCCAGAAGUCCCGGCCAAGUCCACACGCGAGGACCUCCGCGUGCUCGAGGCCGUGGAAGAGAACCGCGACAGGAUCGACCGCGAGUUCCAGCAGGCGAUCCACCCGGGCAGCCCGAUCUCGACGCUGCUCAAGGUCGGCCGCCAGCCGCUGGUCAAGGCGAACGUCCCGGCGCCGACGACCGCCACGGCGCUCACAAACAAGCUGGGCCAGAUGUCGCUGCGCACGCAGGACAAGGAGAACGCACAACGUGCGCACCGCACGGCGCCUACGCCGACCGACGACGCGCACCUGCGCCAGAUGACCCAGGUCGUGGCCGGCACUGCGCCGACGCGCCCCCUGACCAGUAUGGAGUUGAUGGUGCACUAUCUCAACGAUGCGUUGCACCACUUUGAUGCCGAGGACGAGAGCCCCCAUGUGCCGCGCGACGCGGACAAUGAGGCGGUGACCAUUCCCCUCCCGGUCGUGGUCGAGGGCGAGGAAGGCGAGCUCCGUGCAAAGCCCGCGGCGCCCCGCCAGUUUAUCAUCUCCUGGCUCGACCACUCGGAGAAGUACGGGCUGGGCUAUGCGCUGUGCAACGGCACGGUCGGCGUGCACUUCCGCGACUCGACAAGCAUGGUGCUGGCGCCCCGCCGCCAGACCUUUGACUAUGUAUACAACGUGCGCCUGCGCACCACCGACGCUGCGCCGCGCACCGACCAGCUCCGUCGCGAGAACUAUGCGAUUCCGGCGGGGGCCGUGCAGGGCGCGGUGUCCGAGGCCGAGUGGCUGCCCCGCGAGCUGGUGAGCAAGUUUAAGCUGAUGCGCUUCUUUGAGAGCGAGAUCAUGGAGCGCCUGUACGGCGCCGACAGCCCCCUCACCUACGUGGACGAGGAGCUUGCUGCAGGCAUGGGCUUUGUCCACAAGUGGUACCGCUGCAAGCAGGCGAUCGUCUUCCGCCUCAGCAGCGGCACUGUGCAGUUCAACUUUUACGACCAUACCAAGCUCUUCCUGUCGUGCGACGGCCUCGUCGUCUCGGCGAUCGACUCGCCGGACAAGACCGACGGCGUCCCGGUCCUUCGCACCUGGACCCUGGCCGAGAUGGUGGCGAUCGCGCACCCGCGUCGCUCUGCCGCCGAGGCCGCCGCGGCGCAGGCGGUGGCCGGCGACUCGGCGCGGGACCGCUUCCCGCACUUUUUCCACACCAAGCCGAGCGAGCGCCGCUUCGUGCGCCAGCUGAUGAAGAAGCUGCGCUACGUCCGCGACGUGCUCAUGACCACGACCUCGGCGUCGCACGCGGCAGCAGGCGCCGCCUAA